AUGGAGCCAAAUGCUAAAAGGCAAAAACUUCGUCAAACAACUCUGUUAUUUAAACCAGCCAGUGCUAGUUCAACCAGGUAUAAAGAAUAUAAUUUAUGUGCUUUGAUAUUUUUGUUCUGUGACUUUCCGACUUUGCAAGUUGAAGUUUUAUUUGCUAAAUAGUAUUAAAUAAAUAUCAUGCUGAAGUGACUGUAAAGUGAACCAGGAUUAUAAAUUAAAUAUAAAUAAAAUAAGAUCAUCUGCUACUGCUAGUGCUGGACAUUGAUAUUAUAUGAGUAUUUCUGUACAUGUAAUUGCUUUGUUCUGAAAAUUGUUAUAAAUGAAUUAACAUUUUAAUUUUAUAUCAUAUAUGUAAUAUAUAUUGUAAAUACAGGUAAAUGGUAACGCAGCUUCGCAGCAAACUAAGCCUAUAAUCUAAUAAUCCCUAUAUAUUAUAAACCAACAUAUUCACAUGUGUGUAUUUGCUGCACUGCAAACUACCUUGAUUAGAAUUUGGAUUCUUGAUUAAUAAAUUUUCCAAUGUUUAUUUUAGUAUUAAUUCUUUCACAUUUAUGACUUAUGUAUGGUUUAAAGUUAAUAACUAAGUAACAUAUUUUGGUUCUCCCUUUACAAAAUUAUCAACAUGGUAUAAAUAAUAAAUAGCCAUUGAAAAUUCAUGCUGAUACACGCAUGACACAUUGAAAUGUUCUUUUGCCUUAUUGGUGUAGUGUUGAACCUGAAAGUUCUAUUCCUCCUGAACCUUUACCACCAGUUAAUGAAAGCAGUCUGACUUUUGAUUCUCCAAACAAGGAACAACAUACCUCACCUGUUAAUGAUAUCAAUGACCCUGCCAAUUAUAUUUCCAAAAAGCUUUUUGAUGAUGACAAGUUAUCUUUUCUGAAAUCAAAAUCUGACUUGCCCCAUAACUUUGAAUGUCCUGUUACAGCUGGUAGGAAAUUCAAAUCAUCUUGGAUGCAACAGAGGCCAUGGUUGAGGUAUAGUAUUACAAAGGACAGAGCAUUUUGUGCAUAUUGUAUAUGCUUUGGAGGAAAGAAGAACAUUCCAGGGAAUACCUCAUGUUCUUCAAAUUUGUCCCCAUUCGUGUCAGGUGGAUUUAGCAACUGGAAAAAAGCAACUGGAAAAAAGCAACUGGAAAAGAUAACUACAUUGAUCAACACAUGUUAA